AUGAGAUUUCCAAAAAAUCGUUUCAGUUCAAUUAGCCUUUGGUGGCUCAGCAGAUCCGAACAAUCCGUAGACCAAAGCCUUCGAGAAGAGGAACGAAGCGACCAGGAGGAUUUGGUACAAGUGGAUCUAAAAGAAUUGCAGUCUUUAAAUAUGCGUCACUUCUCUCAAAACUCACUCUGCUUGGUGCGUUCAAGUUCUUGCAGGCAAUCUGAAGGAGAGCUCCAGAAGCUCCACUGUAGAGAGCAGCCAACAAAAAAUCGAGUGACCCAUAAGGAUUCCUUGAGUGAGAGCAAGGAGAAGAAGUUGGAAACGAGUGGCCGAAGUGGAUCCGUCCUCAGCAUUCAAGUAGUAGGCAGCAAGGCCUGGGAGCACCAAAGUGGCAAGAAUAGCAGCUCCAGCUCUUCCAAUGAAGAUUCCAAAGAUUGGAGAGAGAAGAUAUCCUCCGAUGAUGGAAGCAAUUCCGGCACCAAGGAGAAGGAUGGAGGACCAUCCGAAGAUCUCGACGACAGAAGACGUUGCGAGGGCGACCGGAGCCUGGGUCUCCUGGAGAGCACUGACCAACUCUUGACUUUGUGGUUGGAGUUGGGAUUGGAGUUGUUGGAGUUGAGCAGGUCCCUCUUGUUGGAGAGCGACAGCACGUUGACGGACUCCUGGAAAAUGGGGAAGCGUUAG